CCGCCCCCCCGAACCCGCCGCUGCCACCGCCCCUAGUCGGUCCAGUCGGCCUGUCCGCCUACCGCGGGCCCCGAGAGCACAGAACGCCGAGCCAAGAGUCAGCUCGGAGUGAGGGCGACCGCAGCCCGGACCUCCCUCCGUGAUCAUGACUAUGGCCCCCGGCCGCUCACUGGCCGCCGCCGCCCCAGCCGGCAAAGCCAAGCUCACGCACCCCGGGAAGGCCAUCCUGGCAGGAGGCUUGGCCGGAGGCAUCGAGAUCUGCAUUACCUUCCCCACUGAAUAUGUGAAGACUCAGUUGCAGCUGGAUGAGAAAGCCAAUCCCCCUCGCUAUCGGGGCAUCGGGGAUUGUGUGAAGCAGACUGUUCGCAGCCACGGAGUCCUGGGCCUCUACCGUGGCCUCAGCUCUCUCCUCUAUGGCUCCAUUCCCAAGGCAGCAGUCAGGUUUGGGAUGUUCGAAUUUCUCAGUAACCACAUGCGGGACGCCCAGGGCCGGCUGGACAGUACUCGAGGGCUGCUUUGCGGGCUGGGGGCCGGCGUGGCUGAGGCUGUGGUGGUCGUGUGCCCCAUGGAGACCAUCAAGGUGAAAUUUAUCCAUGACCAAUGUUCUGCCAAUCCCAGGUAUCGUGGUUUUUUCCACGGUGUGAGGGAGAUCGUCCGAGAACAAGGUUUGAAGGGCACCUACCAGGGCCUCACUGCCACCGUGCUGAAACAGGGCUCCAACCAGGCCAUCCGAUUCUUUGUCAUGACCUCCCUCCGCAACUGGUACCAGGGGACGACCCCCAACAAGCCCAUGAACCCCGUGGUGACCGGGGUGUUCGGAGCCAUUGCUGGGGCUGCCAGCGUCUUUGGAAACACACCGCUGGAUGUGAUUAAGACCCGGAUGCAGGGCUUGGAGGCUCAUAAGUACAAGAGCACAUUGGACUGUGGCUACCAGAUCAUGAAGCAUGAGGGGCUCAAGGCCUUCUACAAGGGCACUGUGCCCCGCCUGGGCCGUGUCUGUUUGGAUGUGGCCAUUGUCUUCAUCAUCUAUGACGAAGUCGUGAAACUUCUCAACAAAGUGUGGAAGACAGACUGAAGCGGGGGCUGCUGCUGGCCAGCCCCGAGGCCCAGGAGACAGGGCUGGGGCAGACGAGAGGCCGGAGCUGUGUUGGGGCUGGGUCCAAGGCCCACACCCAGCCUAUUCCCGAGAGCCCCGUCCCUGCUCCUGGGCGGCCAGGGCCCAUGGUGGACGGGGGGCUGUGAGCCCGGGCUUCCCAAGGAAGGGGUCUCCCCUGUCCCCCUCCCCACUGUGAGUAGAGCAGAGGCUUGGCUGGCCGGCCUUUAUGCACCAAACCUUCGGCCUCUGCCCUGCCUCUCCUUCCCUCCUCGUGCCCCAUCUUUCUUCUGAGACAUCAGGGGGAGAGGGGGGUCAUGCCCCCACCCCCAGGCUCUCAUGAUUCCAGUGUGAUUUGUGCCAAACAGAUCUUGUCCUGUGUUUUCUA